AUGUCUGUGGAGACGAAUCAAGAAACACAUCUGUCUACUAUCGAGAUAGCCUCGGAUGGACAAACACAUACCUUGGACAACAUUGCAGCUGUUGUACUGGCCACAGGAUUUACUCCAUUCGACUCACUAUCCCUUCUACCCAAGGACAAUACAGCGAAGACGGAUCCAUUUCUGCCACUUGUGCUGGACAAGGGUGGUACAAUUCGGUCUGAAAUCCCAGACCUUGGCUUUGUCGGGUUCUACCGAGGUCCAUAUUGGGGAGUAAUGGAGAUGCAAGCCAGAUUCCUCGGUGCGGAAUGGGUCAAGAAAAACCGGCAAGUCUCGACAACAGAAGACCAGAGACAAAGCCUACGAGUCUUGAGAUGUUCGGAUACAAAUUCCCAGCGCGGCCAGUUUCCGAUGGGGGACUAUGUAGGGUUGAUGGAGUCAUUUACCAAGGAUCUGGGAAUUGACCGUGCGGGGCUGUCAGAAGAUGAUAGUCGGUCUGGCCCAGCCAUUCCUGCUCGCUAUACUUAUAGUCACCCAUCCACUACUGCACAAGAAGACAUGGACAAUGAGAAAGAACGCACGCUGGGUGCGUUGAAGGCUCUGUCCGAUCCAAAGCAUCAAAAGCUGCAAGAAGCUGCUGCAUUGGCCAUCUUCCGAGCCCUGCAUGGAGCCUGGAUAUUCUCCCGGGAAUACAUAACAGGAGAGAAAGAGUCUGGAACCACCACAUUUUCUCCACGGUACCCAUCGAGUCCGGCAUAUGACCGGGAAUAUACCCAAACGAAAUUACUAUCGUCAUCUUCUACGAUCCGCUCAAUCUUUCGGUUGUCGGAAUCUGGAGCUCAGGAUGAAAACACAGAGAUCGAAGUUUUGGAAAAUGAUACUUUGGUCGCGGUUGGUGGAAAUCCCAAGCGACUGCACCUCACACCUUUCUACCUCAAAAGGGUUGAUGGACAAUACAUCCCGGGAGAAUAUUAUAUUUUCAAUUUCAAAGGUGUCUCGAUUGCUAGUUGGGAGCGGCUUGAGCCGACAUAUGACACCACGGGGGCCGAAGGCCAAGCAUUUACACAAAUUCGAACCAUAUACAAGAGAUAG